CAGCGGCGGCGGCCCCGGGCGCGGAGCGGGUGCCCGGCGCGGAGAGCGGCGAGCGCAGCCAUGCCCCAGGCCGCCUCCUGGGCAGCAGCAGCGGCGGCCGGGGCCGGGGCGCGGGUCGGGGGCGCCGGGGGGCCGGCGGCGGCCCGGGCGGGACGAUGAAGCGGCAGAACGUGCGCACGCUGGCGCUCAUCGUGUGCACCUUCACCUACCUGCUGGUGGGCGCCGCGGUCUUCGACGCGCUGGAGUCGGAGCCCGAGCUGAUCGAGCGGCAGCGGCUGGAGCUGCGGCAGCAGGAGCUGCGGGCGCGCUACAACCUCAGCCAGGGAGGCUACGAGGAGCUGGAGCGAGUCGUGCUGCGCCUCAAGCCGCAUAAGGCCGGCGUGCAGUGGCGCUUCGCCGGUUCCUUCUACUUCGCCAUCACCGUCAUCACCACCAUCGGCUACGGGCACGCGGCGCCCAGCACGGAUGGCGGCAAGGUGUUCUGCAUGUUCUACGCGCUGCUGGGCAUCCCGCUCACGCUCGUCAUGUUCCAGAGCCUGGGCGAGCGCAUCAACACCUUGGUGAGGUACCUGCUGCACCGCGCCAAGAAGGGGCUGGGUAUGCGGCGCGCCGACGUGUCCAUGGCCAACAUGGUGCUCAUCGGCUUCUUCUCAUGCAUCAGCACGCUGUGCAUUGGCGCUGCCGCCUUCUCCCACUACGAGCACUGGACCUUCUUCCAGGCCUACUACUACUGCUUCAUCACGCUCACCACCAUCGGCUUCGGCGACUACGUGGCGCUGCAGAAGGACCAGGCCCUGCAGACGCAGCCGCAGUACGUGGCCUUCAGCUUCGUCUACAUCCUUACAGGCCUCACGGUCAUCGGCGCCUUCCUCAACCUCGUGGUGCUGCGCUUCAUGACCAUGAACGCCGAGGACGAGAAGCGCGACGCCGAGCACCGCGCGCUGCUCACACGCAACGGGCAGGCGGGCGGCGGCGGAGGCGGUGGCAGCGCGCACACCACGGACACCGCCUCGUCCACCGCGGCAGCUGGCGGCGGCGGCUUCCGCAACGUCUACGCGGAGGUGCUGCACUUCCAGUCCAUGUGCUCGUGCCUGUGGUACAAGAGCCGCGAGAAGCUGCAGUACUCCAUCCCCAUGAUCAUCCCACGGGACCUCUCCACGUCCGACACGUGCGUGGAGCAGAGCCACUCGUCGCCGGGAGCGGGCGGCCGCUACAGCGACACGCCCUCGCGACGCUGCCUGUGCAGCGGGGCGCCACGCUCCGCCAUCAGCUCGGUGUCCACGGGCCUGCACAGCCUGUCCACCUUCCGCGGCCUCAUGAAGCGCAGGAGCUCCGUGUGACUGCCCCGAGGGGCCUGGAGCACCUGGGGGCGCGGGCGGGGGAUCCCUGCUGGGAGGCCAGGAGACUGCCCCUGCCGCCUUCUGCCUAGUGGGACACCCCGCAACACCUCACCACUCUGCCCCAGCACCCCCAUCUCCGACUGUGCCUGCUUGCACCAGCCGGCAGGAGGCCGGGCUCUGAGGACCCCUGGGGCCCCCAUUGGAGCCCUGCAAAUUCCGAGAAAUGUGAAACUUGGUGGGGUCAGGGAGGGAAGGCAGAAGCUGGGAGACUCCCUUCCCUUUGAAAAUCUAAGAAGCUCCCAGUCCUCAGAGACCCUGCUGGUACCCAGACCCCCACCUCCGGAGGGGACUUCAUGUUCCGUGUACGUUUGCAUCUCUAUUUAUACCUCUGUCCUGCUAGGUCUCCCACCUUCCCUUGGUUCCAAAAGCCAGGGUGUCUUUGUCCAAGUCACCCCCACUCAGUCCCACUCCCCUUCCCCAUCCCCAUCCCCAGCUGUGUCUCCCAACCUCCCUUCGUGUUGUUUUGCAUGGCUUUGCAGUUAUGGAGAAAGUGGAAACACAGCAGUCCCUAAAGCUGGUCCCCAGAAAGCAGGACAGAAAGAAGGAGGGACAGGCAGGCAGCAGGAGGGGCCAGCCAGGAGGCAGGAGGCAGUGGCCUGCCAGUCUGCAGAAUGGUCACACUGGAGGUUCAAACUAACUGGCCUCUAGCCACAUUCUCAUAGCAGAUAGGACUUCAGCCUUCCAGACACUGCCCUUAGAAUCUGGAACAGAAAACUUCAGACUCACCGUCCCCAGCCACUGCUGACAAUUCCCAACUCUUAAAUUUGUCGAGUGAUUUUUAGCCUCUGAAAACUCUAUACUGGCCACUGAUUCCUUUGAGUCUCACAACAGCCUACUUAGGUCACCAGGGCAGGAGUUCUCACCCCCAUUUUACAGAUGAGAACACUGAGGCCUGGACAGGUGAAGUGACCAGAGAGCAAAAGGCAAAGGGGUGGGGGCUGGGUGCAGUGGCUCACACCUGUAUUCCCAACACCUUUGGAGGCUGAGGUGGGAGGAUUGCUUGAGCCCAGGAAUUCGAGACCAGCCUAGGCAACACAGUGAGACCCCAUCUCUACAAAAAAUAAAAAAUUAACUAGGUGUGGUGGCACGUGCCUGGGAAUCCCAGCUACUUGGGAGGCUGAGGUGGGAGGAUUGCUUGAACCUGGGAAGUCGAGGCUAUAGUGAGCCCUGAUUGCACCACUGUACUUCAGCCUUAUUGAGUGAAGGGGACAACCCCUCUCCCAAAAAAAAAAAAAAAAAAAAAAAUGGCAAAGGGAGACAAGAGCCCAGCCUACUUGUUCCUAGUUGAAGUGUUAUUUUCUUCCAGCUUGGCCUGCUCUUGAAAGCAAAGCUCCUGCAGUUUACAUUCUGGCAUUGUGUGGCUACCUGGGUUUUAAACCAGAAUCAGAAGUCCCAGGUCAGAGGGCACUGCUGAGGCUCAGCCUCUUCUCUUCUUGGUCAGGAGGCAGCAGCUCUGAAUGGGCUCCUGAGGCAGCACAGGGGCCUUUGUCACCAAGGUGCAUGCUUACAAACAGUGCAGUUCUUGGGACCGAGGUAAGCAGGGCUUACCUGCCAUGGCAGAAAGGCCAGGAUCUAGGGCUCUAGGAGUUUGGGAAUUGGGCAGAGUGGCCAAGAAAGCUGGCAGGUGUAUCCUAUGGGACAUGAUCCCUGGCACCAUUGUCAUUGUUGGUGCCUGUGUCCCAAGUAACUAGUGAGAAGCUGAGGCUGCAGCAAGAAACACCGUUCCCAGGUGGCGGGGUAUGGACCAGAGAUGCUCUCUGCCCACCACACCUGCAACCCAGAAGCCCAGAUGGAACGCAGCUGACGAAGGUGAUGCUUGAGGCUCACUUUUGGGGCCCCACAGCUGGAGCUGGGAUAGUGACUGGGACAACAUCAAGGGGUGGAUGAGGGACCUGUCCUCCCGCAACACUGCCUUCCCAUGCUGUUGCCCUGCCAGCUCCUCAACACUGCCGACCAACACGGCAUUCAGGGAAGUUGGAGGACAGCACCCACAGGGUGGCCAGCCUCAGGCCCCCACCUGCAUCCUCUAGUCUCUGGGGACCCCUAGGGGGAAGAAGUCUACCCUGCUUGUGAGUCCCGUCUCAGUGUGGAGGAAAUGACUGCCCACAUGCCAGGAAAGCAGGGCCCAGGACCUGGAGGUGCCCACUGUGUUUAUGUUGGGGGUAGGGGAGCAGUGCUGGCUGCCUCUGUCCUGUGUGUGACCCUGCCCUCGAAGGGUCCUGUCCUGUCAGUCCCGAGGGAGCCACAACCAAAGCUGCGGAGAGAAGGUGGGGAAGGGUGUAGAAUGGCCAUGGGGCACAGCGUGGCAGACUGUUCAGUCUCUGCUGGGUCUUUCCUAGGGACCUGGAAGGCCAGUGUUGCUUCCCCCUCACUCCCUUUCACUGCAGGCAGCCUCUCUGCUUCCCCAAUGCCUUAUGCCUGGGCACACUGCCACAGAAUAUGCAAUAUGUGUGGGUGACCAUGUCCUCAUGCCCACACCCCCACCCCGGGCAGCCCCUGGACUCCAAAGGCCUCCCCUCAGCUCUUCCUGCCUAUCUGUCUUCACACUGAGAAUGGCGCCCAAUAAAUGCUAUCCACGGAGACCAGG